AUGUCUGAUAAACGAAGACAAAUUGGAGCACCAAAAACUAAGCAACUUAAUGCUCAAAAAAAGAGACGGAAACGGACUGACCCUGGUGCAAAAACCCCUAAUACCACGCCUACCACCCCUACUAGAGGAUUUACUACCCCUGUUCCUUCUUCCUCCUCUCCUUCCCGCAUUUCUAACAAUAAAAUUCAUCCUCACCCAUAUCCAGCGCGCACACGUCAAACUAACGAAGAACAUAUAAACUCCUCUGCUACUUCUUCCUCAGUUGAAGAAGAACCAGAAAAGGUUAUGACAGAGGACGAAGAAGACCUUGAGGAUUACUGUAAAGGAGGUUAUCACCCAGUUAGAAUUGAUGAUACUUUCAAUGAAGGAGCAUAUGUUGUUGUACGUAAGUUAGGCUGGGGUCAUUUUUCAACUGUUUGGCUUGCAAGAGACGUUCGUAAAAAUCGACAUGUCGCUUUAAAAGUUGUUAAAUCAGCUCCACAUUAUACCGAAACUGCUCUGGAUGAAAUUAAAUUAUUACAAAAAAUUGUCGAUGCAAAUCCUAAUGCUCCUGGACGAAAGCAUGUUGUAGAACUUUUGGAUCAUUUUUACCAUCGUGGUCCUAAUGGUACUCACGUAUGCAUGGUAUUUGAAGUAUUAGGGGAAAAUUUAUUAAGCCUUAUAAAACGGUAUAAUCACCGAGGAAUACCUGCGCAUUUAGUAAAACAAAUAGCUAAACAAGUACUCAUGGGAUUAGAUUAUAUGCAUCGAGAAUGUGGUAUAAUUCAUACUGAUUUAAAACCAGAGAAUGUAUUGGUUUGCAUCGAUAAUGUAGAGGAAGUCGUAAAGAAUGAACUUUUAAAUGACACAAGAUCAACGACUACAUCUUAUAAAAAAGGUCACUCUAUACGUAUUACGGGAAGUCAACCUUUAUCACCUCCAUCAUCUGGGUCACCUUCAUCUCAAAAACCUAAUAAUACAAGCGAACAAACAAAAUCACCACAAGCAAAGGAAAAUGGCGAACAGCCAAUAAAUGGGGUUGGAACUGACAAAAAUAAUUAUGACGAGACAGAUGGGAUAAAUAGGGAUGACGCAGAGAGCGUAUGUGAUACAGAAAUGUAUUCUUCUCCUCUUACUCAAGAUAAAUUAACGAAUAAACCAUCUACUUCGACAAAAUGGACCACUCCAGAUGUAAUUAACGUUAAAAUUGCUGAUUUGGGUAAUGCGUGUUGGGUUGAACAUCACUUUACGAAUGAUAUCCAGACAAGACAAUAUAGAAGCCCUGAAGUCAUCUUAGGUAGCAAAUGGGGCCCCAGUGCCGAUAUUUGGAGUAUGGCUUGUAUGGCUGGAUCUCGUUAUAACAAGGAUGAUGAUCACAUAGCUCAAAUUACAGAGUUGUUGGGAUUAUUCCCAAAGCAUUUGGCAUUGAGCGAACUUCGUCACAUCCAUAAGCUACGACAUUGGAAGCUUGCGGAUGUAUUACAAGAAAAAUAUUUACUUUCACGAAAUGAAGCCGAUUUUAUGGCAGACUUUUUGCUUCCUAUGUUAGAUUUGAAUCCAGAUAAAAGGUCUACGGCACGUCAGUCAUUGCAACAUCCAUGGCAUCAAAUAGAUGAUGAUAAAGAUAAUUUGGGAGGAGGAACAUCAUCAACACACAUGACUGGAAGUUGUGAUUCUCGAGAUAAUAGAACUCAUAGAACUUUAAAUAGCAUUAAACAAAAAAGUGAUAAAAAGGAGCAAAGUAAAGAUAAAGAUGGUAGAGACAAGGAAAGAGAUAAAGAAGUAAGAAAGAGUGUCGUUGAAAACGAAAGUGACCGCAAUCGACGGUUUGAAUACCACAAAAUAUCAACCACCAAGUCUUCCAACCUUGAUGUUAAAAGCGAACAUGUUAGACGUUAUUGA